UAGACGUAAUGAAGGGUCUUGUGAACUGUUCAGCAAACUACGUACCCUUAACACCAAUUGGCUUCUUAGAGAGAGCAGCUCUUUUUUAUGGAGAUGAGACUUCUAUCGUUUAUGGUAAUUCGGUUAGAUUUUCAUGGAAAGAAACUCACCAAAGAUGUCUCAACUUUGCUGCUUCUCUCGUCCGGUUAGGGAUUUCUCGCCAUGAUGUUGUUGCGGCUUUUGCACUUAACGUUCCGGCAUUGUAUGAGCUGCACUUUGCCGUUCCAAUGGCUGGGGCAGUUCUAUCUGCCCUUAAUUUCAGGUUAGACGACACCAUGUUGGCACUCAUAUUGCAACAAUUGGAGCCCAAAUUCAUUCUUGUCGACCAUCAAUUUGUUCAUAUCGUCCUCAAAGCACUCAAUACCAUAAGUCAAACUGUACCAAAUUGCAAGCCGACCCUUGUUCUAAUUCCUGAGUGCGACCAAAAGACAUCAUCGUCAUUGUCGUCGUCAUCGUCAUCGUCAUCGUCAUUAUCAUCUAAUAACAAUAUUCUCAACUAUAAUGACCUGAUUGAAGCACGAGAUCAUGGCGACCUCGAGUUUGAGAUUAUAAGGCCAACCGAUGAAUGUGAUCCGAUUUCAGUGAACUACACUUCAGGCUCAACAGGAAACCCUAAAGGUGUUAUAUACAGCCAUAGAGCCGUCUAUUUGAAUUCACUGGCCUUAAUUCUGAACAUGGACAAGAGACGGGUGCCGGUGUUUCUAUGGACGGUCGACAUGUUUCGGUGCAACGGUUGGUGCUACCCUUGGGCGAUUGCUGCCCUCGGAGGCACCAAUAUCUGCCUCAGGAAUACUAAUCUCUCCGCAAAGAUUAUCCUUGACGCCAUUUCCCUUCACAAGGUGACUCACUUGUGCGGUAAGCCCAUCAUUCUAAACAUACUCGCGGAAGCAUUGGAUGGUAAGCCAUUGGCAUCAAGGGUGGACAUUGUCAUCGCAGGCGCGUUGCCAUCUCACCAAAUUCUCACAAAGGUCACGGAAAUGGGAUUCAACAUCAGCCAUGGCUAUGGCAUGACGGAGGCCCUUGGUCCGCAAAUUAUCGAGCCUUGGAGACCUGAAUUGCCACAUUCUCACAUAGCAAACGGCGAUAACAAGGGUGAUGAUGAUGAUGAUAAAAGUACUAAAAGAUGUCGUGGAGAAAGCCUAGGCCGGUAUCAUCACAACCUCAUGAUAAUGGAAAGGUUUGACGUGAAAGAUCCAAGCACAAUGGAAAGCAUCCCAAACGACGGGGAAACAAUGGGGGAGAUAAUGUUCAGGGGCAAUACUUUGAUGUCGGGGUAUGUGAAGAAUUCGAAAGCCACAGAGGAAGCUUACAAUGGCGGAUGGUACCGAACAGGAGAUGUCGGAAUUAGGCAUCAAGAUGGGUCCAUACGAAUGAAAGACAGAGCAGAGGAUAUAGUGAUUUGUGGAGGGAAUGUCAUAAGCACACUUGAGGUGGAGGCCGUGUUGUUGAGCCAUCCAAAUGUGCUGGAAGCGGCUGUUGUGGGGCGUCAUGACGAAUGUUUGGGAGAAAUUCCAUGUGCUUUUGUCAAGUUGAAGAAGGGUUGUGAAAGUACUAUUACUAGCUCUGAAGAGAUUAUAGAAUUCUGUGGGAAUAAUUUGCCGGCUUAUUACAUGGUUCCUCAUGCUGUGAUUUUUGGGGAUUUGCCUGUUAAUUCCACGGGAAAAGUACAGAAAUUUGUUCUCAGGGACAAGGCCAAUGCCGCGAAUGGUAGCUAUCAGCCUAGAUCUAAAUAAGUAGUACUGUUUGAUCGGUUUGUUGUUUUAGCCCUUUUAUUAUGUAUCAUGAAA